AUGGCCGGCUUGCGGAAUGCCAUCCAGGUGUUGGAUCUGUUUCGUGUGAUGCCAAGCGAAUCAACGUCCCCCUCGCUCUACCAGCAGCGGCGCACGUUGAGGAGUCAGUGUCUUUCACUGGCGAGGCCGGCCGUUGCCCUUGCAUUCCUGGUUCUUUCGCCGCCGACAGCAUCAGCGGAAUUCAUCCUUCACACCCCGGGUGCUGACAAGUGUCCCUCAAACACAAGUUCUCCCACACCAUCCGAGUGCGGAACUGAAGUUGCCCAAGCUCUUGCAGCUAGGGGUUACCAGCAUGUGGGUGUGAGGUUCCGUCCCUUUGAUCCCGAAGGUUGCAUGGUAAACCUCAGGACAAGCGAGCUUUACUACAAUAACUUGCCGGGCCCGCGGAGUGGAGAAGGCCACUCCGCCGCGAGUGUCGUUUGCCAGUCAUCCUCCUCAUCUUCGGUGGCCAGCCUUCUUUGCAUGAUUGGGGGAAGUGUCGUCGGAUUCUUCGUGCUUGUUUGCUGCUGUAUCACUUGCGCGAACACAGAGCCGGAAGAUUCAGGUGGACCGCCGGCCGUGGCCAUCGGCAAAGCGAUGCUGCGUUCGGACAGUGGGGAGCUGGCAGAGCCGCUGAACGAGACGGCGAUGAAGAGCCUUCCAAAGUACUGGACCGGAUGCCGGGAGAGCGAGGAUGACUUGGGCUUCGACAACCUUACGUAUGUUCAGCAUGAGCAUACGGAAGUCUUCCAGGAGUUGGUCAACUACACCUACCGGCAGAUACCGACACAAGAUCGUUUAUGCCCAACGGGCAAGCACGACAAGACCAGGGGUGGAUGCCCCUGUGUGCAGCCUGGCGGUGACCCUGGCCUACCUACGGGCUACCAGAUCAAGCGUGUUAUCCGUGUGGAAAACUCCGCGAUGUUCACUCGCUACAUCGAUAGAUGCGACCGGAUCAGAACGUCGCGUUCGACUUGUAAACCUCCGGACCCCGAGAUUUUCACACAUGCUGCCAUGAAAGCCUGCAGUGGAUUGACCGACGUCUUGUGCGAUGUGGAUGACAGCAUCAACGAGGUUUACCUUUGGCACGGAACGCCAGUUCGGACCGGCUUGGCCAUUGCUCAAAGUGAUUUCAGCCUCAAUUUUGCCGGUUCGGGUGCGGGCACGAUGUACGGGAAGGGCUUGUACUUCUCAGAGAGCUGCACCAAGGCCGACGAGUACGCCUUAAAUGAGCCUCGUGGUCACUACGACGGCGUGAGGGGCUUACUCCUAUGCCGCGUAUGUCUGGGCAACUUCCACUACACCUUGGAUCGCGAGCCAUCCGCCAUUGACAAGUACGUGAAUGGCAAGUGUGACAGUACGAUCGGAGACCGCACAAAAGCCGCGAACACUUACCGAGAGAUGGUCGUGUACGAUCGAGACCAGGUAUAUCCAGAAUAUUUGGUCCUCUACGAGCGCCUGCACAGGGGCGAGCCUCCUCAGUUGCUGCCGAAGGAUGUGCCGUUCUUGCUGGAGUUGCCGCUGUAUUGGAGGAAUGUCAGCCGCAACCCGUAUACUGAGAGCUUCCGCCAACAUUGGUUUGUGAAGCCAAUGAUCCGCGAGCUCAUCCAGCGAUUGGCCAAUGGUUCCUAUGGGCGCGACGGAGCAGCGCCGAAGGUGCUGCGGGCAAGGCGCAUCGAGGACUCAGUCCUUUGGUGUCGUUACAUUGACUGGAAGCGAUCUUUAGGCGCGAGUGUCAAGACCAAGGGUGAACUCCAGUGUACACCUCCAAACCAGCUGAACGGAAAUCCGGAAUCCAGCAACACGCUUGCAGCAACGAUCUUGGCAGAGUUCCACGGCGACGAAGCCAUCUCGGUGGAGAACAUGGCGCCGGGUUUGAACGAGACACUUUUGUGGCACGGCACAUCGCAAGAGGCAGCGGAUGCCAUCGCUGAGACAGGUUUCCAGGUCAAGACGAGCGGCGCGCACGGUCGUCGUUUCGGCAAUGGGGUCUAUCUCGCGGAGGAUUUGAAGAAAAGUCUCAGCUAUUGUACCUCAAGCUGUACUUCAAAUGGCAACGUGAAACAUGUCCUACUCUGCCGAGCAGUCUGUGGUGACAUUUACUACACUGAGGAGAGCUCGAACCAUGAGGCGACAAGUGAAGCUUCAAAGCUGGGGAAGCAUUGCGUACUUGCGCAUCCAGAACGUUCUGGCCCCAGAGAGUUCAUCGUCUUGAAGCCGGCACAUGUGUAUCCGGAGUAUAUCGUGGAGUUUCAAGAUUGA